AAAAACGAGAGCAAAAAGUCAUCCACUACCUACGAAUACAAUCCAUAGGAUAGGUUUUCUAUUCAUAAAGAGAACACACACCACCCAUCUUUUUAUCAACUAACCACUUCCAUGAGGUAGAGAUGAUACGAUGUAGAAUAUCAUCCACCACCGGCACUUGUGAGUUGAAAAUCAAAUCAUUUCUAAGUUUCCAAAUAGCCCCCACCACCACAUGCCACACCGCAAGAAGACCCUUAAGUAUUUUGCCGCUCCCCCUCCCCGUGCAAAAUCUUCGGAAAAUCUCAAGUGGAUCUCUCGGUACUGCCACAUCCCAACCAAAACACUUAAACACUUUACUCCAUAGAGACGAAGCAAAAGCGCACCAUCCAAAGAGAUGACCCUCACACUCUAAGUGCAUCGGGCAUAACACACAAAAAGUGUUGGAGCCGUGGUCGACAAUUCCCCAUUUAGCAAGAUUAACCCUUAUUGGUAAGCGACGUAGUAAGAGUUUCCAAGAGAACACAAUAACUUUUGAUGGGGCAAGACUUUCCCAUAAAAAUCCCAAGUCCCUAACCAAGUCCCUACCAACCCACUUCUUCAGGUUUCUUACAUAUGCAGUCACAUAUAUACUGCCACUGAUUAUUACUCAGCAAUUUAGCUUUAGCUUUUGCAAUUUUUUUUAUUUUAAGGAUUAGCUUUUGCAAUUUGAAUAGCUUCCAAUAACAGCAUCAUCCAAAACAAAAGUACCAGCAGUAGCAUCAUCAUCAUCAUCCCAUUGAGAAUGAGAUAUUCUUACGACGUGUUUGUUAGCUUCAGAGGUGCAGACAAGCGCUGUAAUGUUACCGAUCAUCUUUUUGCUGCCUUCCAAAGAAAAGGAAUGUUUCCAUUUAAGGAUGAUAAAAAUCUCAAGAAAGGCGAAUCCAUAGCACCUGAACUCCAUCGUGCAAUCGAAGGAUCUCGGAAUUUCAUUGUGAUUUUCUCAAAGAACUAUGCUUUCUCAACAUGGUGCUUGCGAGAACUGGAUCAAAUACUUAAUUGUGCUCUAAAAUCUGGAAGACUUAUUCUGCCUAUUUUCUAUGAUGUUGAUCCAUCAGAAGUGAGACACCAAAAAGGAAGUUAUGCUGAAGCCUUUGAAAAACAUGAAGAAAGGCUCAAACAUGACUUAGAAAUGGUGAGAAGAUGGAGAAAAGCUCUGACAAAAGUGGCCGAUAUCACUUGCUGGGAUUUACGCCACAAGUAUCAAAGUGCCGAGAUUGAAAAGAUUGCUCAACAUAUAAUGGAUUUAUUAGGUCAUAAGUUUUCAAGCCUUCCAAAAGAUUUAGUGGGGAUGACUUCGCCUUUAGAAGAAUUAGAAAAACUUGUACUUUUGGAUUCGACUAAUGAUGUUCAGGUCGUAGGAAUUUACGGGAUGAGAGGAAUAGGGAAAUCAACUCUUGCAGCUGUUUUAUAUAACAAGAUCUUUCAUGAAUUUGAAGCAUGUUGCGUUAUUGAAGAUGUGAGCAAAAUUUAUAGAGCCGAUGGCCCAAUUGGGGCACAAAAGCAAAUUCUACAUCAAAUUCUAAAGGAAGAACAAGAACACCUUGAAGUAUGCAAGCCUUAUGAGGUAACUACUUUGAUACAAAGCAGCAUGCUUCAUCUAAAGGCUCUUGUAAUUCUCGAUAAUGUUGAUCAAAUUGAACAACCGGAGAAAAUCCAAACGAAAAUAUUAUGGAUGUUUCGCAACUACGAGUACAGCCUCCCAUGUGUCAGUACAAGGGACGCUGUCACGGUCAAACCAAUUAUACUGUUGUGGAGGUUCACCCUAAGCGUGAUAAUGAUUACAUGGAGCAGGGUUAUCAUGGAGUACAACCUUCACUACUAGUGUCCUACUUGAACCCAUUUGAGCCUUCCUUUAUGUUCGAUGACAAUCCUAAUUAUUGUUCCAUAAUGUGAUUUGUUUUAUUUUAUAAUAGAUUUUCGAUUAGAGUGAAUAUAGAUGUUGCAACUUAUAAAUACAGGGUCAGGAAGCAACACAGGGUGUACAAGGUCAGGAAGAAUCUCAGCAAAAUAGAUAAGGGAUGAUGAAUUUCAAUUGCAAAAUCUUGUGAUGAACAUGUUGGAGGUUUAUAACUUUUAUGAUUGAAAUUUCUGCAUCAAAUACACGAUUUUCUUUUACUAUUCCUGCAUGAUUUAAAAUUCACCUAUCUGCUCGGUUGAUAAUGGCGAAGCUGUGUGGUCUAUUAUCCUCUAUACAUGAGUGGGUGUAUGUACUUCAACUUGAUAAUGUUAAUUUUGAGCUUGAUUCCAAA